AUGGGCAAGAGAAAGGAGUCGAUCGACAGGCGCAUUCGUAAUUUUAUGGUGCAGAGGAUGGUGUUAAAAAUAAUUGGUAUUUGGCCAUCGAACGAUGAAAAUUCGUUCUUUGGCAGAUGGAUUUUCGCCGUGACGACACAAAUCGGUAUUAUCUACAUCCUGUCCAUGGAAAUCUAUCGCCAUUGCCUCGACAUCGACGACACGAUGGACGCAUUCGUCAUGGAUCUUUCCGCCGUCAUCAGCCUCGCCAAACUUUUUAUCUUGCGUUUGAAUUCGAAACACACUUGGGUCCUUAUAAAUUCGGUGGUGAAAGAUUGGUCGAGCGUUCACGAUUCCGGCCACGAAUACAUUAUGGCGGAAUACCUUAAGAAAGGACGAAUCGUCUCUCUGAUGAUACUUUAUCUGGGCUACGCUUCCGGAUUUUCUUUUAUCUUCAAAGCCUUACCUUUCGGAGAUAUUCUGCCGUUCCAGAUGUUUCAAAACUCGAGAAAUUUAUCGAUGAAUCCGGAUAUUCCUUUGAAAUUGAAUUACUUCCUGGCAUCCUAUUGCGUGUUCGGAUCGUUGCCUUUGCUCCAUCACGUUUGCGUACUAGUGUUGCAAGGAAUAUUCAUUUUCGUCAACGCGGUUGCUCAUUGCGGCAACGACGGAUUGUUCUUCAGUUUAACUAUGCACUUGUGCGGCCAAUUCGAGAUCCUCAAGACGAGCAUUGCCAAAAUCGAGUUUGUCGAUCAGAGAAAGAUCGGUCCACUCGUGAAACGACAUUGCCAACUCGCGCUACUCGUCAAUGAUUUAGAACAGACUUUCAACAUGAUCAUAUUUGUACAAUUAUUGAUGAGCGCAUUGCUGAUUUGUGUGGACGGUUUUGUGUUUUUGGUCUGCUUGAGCACAAAGGACAACAUCGGUGCAUUGAAAAGCAUGGUCCUGAUGGUAACUUUACUCAUCCAGUUAUAUCUUUACGCCUACGCUGGCGACGCUCUCGAAUCUCGAACCGGAGAAAUCGCACAAGCCGCCUUCCAUUCAUUCUGGUACCAAUCUCGAGGACGCACGGCAAGAGAUCUAAUACUGAUAAUCUGUCGUGGAAAUUCCUCUUACCAUGUGACAGCUGGUAAAUUCGUUUUCAUGAAUAUAUUCACCUUUAAAGAGAUACUGAAAAGUUCAGCCUCCUAUCUAUCCGUCUUGAGAGUAAUGAUGGACACGUGA